GAAAAACAACGAAGUGUUAAACCCAUUACCCAUCUUUUUUCCCCAGACCCAAACCUAAAACCCUGAAAGCCUCGCCUUCUCCAUUUUCCGUUCUUAGAGGAACUCAGGGAAUAAAACCAAGCAAGCAAGAAAAAACACCCUGUGGAUGAGAAAGAUUUUCUUUGAUUGACACCAAUGUUUGCUGCGAGGACUCUUCGGAGGCAUUGCUUGAAGACCCUCUCCUCUCUCCUCCACUCCAAUCCUUCUAAGAAUCUCAUGUUUUUAAGAGAUGUUUCGCUGAAUCCUAUUUGGAGCAAUGUGACUAGUAUUCCGUGUAAAGACAAUUUAUUAUUUUCUUCACAUGCACCUUUGAAUCCUUUCAUGGUGUGGUCGUGUUCUAUGUCAACAUCGAAAGGGAGGAGCAUGCGAAGCAAGGUGGAGAGGCGGAUGCAAAGAGAGUCCGGUAAAACCCUAAGGGAGAAGCGGAGAGCCCAAAAACUAAAGAAGAAGCUGAUGACUGAGGAGGAGAGAUUGAUUUACAAUCUCAAAAGAGCCAAGAAAAAAGUGGCAUUGCUUCUACAAAAGCUCAAGAAAUAUGAGUUACCGGAGUUGCCACCCCCUCGUCAUGACCCUGAGUUAUUGACCCCUGAACAGCUUCAGGCAUUUAAAAAAGUUGGUUUCAGAAAUAGAAAUUAUGUUCCUGUUGGUGUCCGUGGAGUUUUUGGUGGAGUUGUCCAAAAUAUGCAUCUCCACUGGAAGUUUCAUGAAACCGUGCAGGUUUGCUGUGACAACUUCCCCAAAGAAAAAAUCAAAGAAAUGGCAACCAUGCUUGCAAGACUAAGUGGUGGCAUUGUGAUAAACAUUCAUAAUACGAAAACAAUCAUCAUGUUUCGUGGUAGAAACUAUCGCCAGCCCAAAAAUCUGAUACCUAUCAACACCCUUACGAAGAGAAAGGCUUUAUUUAAGGCAAGAUUUGAACAAGCUCUUGAAUCUCAGAAGCUUAACAUAAAGAAAAUGGAGCAGCAGCUCCGCCGAAUGGGGGUUAAUCCUGAGGACCCUGUUGCCAUGGCCAGCAUUCGGAAAGUAGCUUCUACAUUUUUCAAUGCAAUUGACAGGAAGGAAGGAAGUCCUUAUGUCUUCCGAGAGGAGAAACAGCAAGUAACUGAAACUCCUGAAAACUGGGAAGAGUCAGAACCCCCUGUCGAUAGUGACCAGGAAGAGUUGGACAGAUUCAUAGCUGAGAUUGAGGAUGCAGCAGAUAAAGAAUGGGUUGCUGAAGAAGCAGCAGAGAAGGAAGAGCUCAGCAAAAUUAGGUAUUGGAACAGAGAAGAAUUUGGUGGGAGACUCAGAAGAUCUGAAACACUUAGAGCUAAGCCUUAUGAUGAUGAUGAUGAUGAUGAUGAUGAUGAGGUCAAAGGGACAAGGGGGUGGAAGGAAACAAGGGGCAAACCGAGGAGUAAUGAUACUGAUGAUGAAGACAUUGAUAUUUCUGAUGGUGAAGAUGAAUGGGAUUCUAAUGAUGUGAGGGAUGUUGUUGAUGUUGAGAGUGAUUCUGAUGAUUCUCAUCAUGUGCAUGACAAGGUCAGGGUAUCUAGAGCAAACAGGUGGAAGGAGGAUAAGAUUCAUGGGGCAAAAAAUAAUGGCAGUUCUAAGAGAAAUCCAGAAGCUAAUUUUAGAAGAGAGAGAACUGAAGAAGAAUCUGAUUCAGAAAAUAUGUUGAGUGAUCUUGAAAAUGUGAUGUGGCAAUCGGAUGCCGAGAAAGAACAUGACUCGGAGGCAUCCAGAGCAGCGAGCAAUAAUUACCGGAGCAGCAGUGAUGAGGAAGAGGAUUUAUAUCACAUUAAGGGAAAUGAGAAGAAGGGCGACAAAGAUGAAAGUGGUGCUGAUGAAUCUUACGAAACUUGCAGUAGAUACACAGUGUCCAGAGUUGCACAGAAGAAGCAUAAUAGGACUGGCGAAGCCAAUAAUUAUGAAUGUUUCCAGAGAAAAGAUGCAGCUGACUUUAGGGAAAAGAUGACCGAGAAAGAAUCUGGAUCAGAAGAUAUGUUAAGUGAUUUGGAAAAUGCAAUGUGGGAGUCAGAUGUUGAGGAUGACCCGAGAGCAUCAACAGCCGAGAGAUACAGCCCUGGUGAUGAAGAGAACCGUCACCAGAUGGAGGAUGAGAAAUAUGGAGCUGAUAAUAAAAAGAAGAGGACUCGGAAAGCAGCAGAUGAGGCUUGGGAUAGUGAUUAGAUCUGUCAUUGCUGAACAUUGUCCUUGGGAAAGAUUAAACAUGUGGACUUAGAGUUCUUUCGAUGGUCUAAAAAAUGACCUCAACUUACUAUGAACGUGCAGUGAAUUUAUUCUUUUGGUGGCUUUUUACUCUGAUUCUCUUGCAAUAAAUAAAUGCAGAGAGUGCAGCAUUGUGUAAUUUGCUUUGGCUAGCCAUAUGAAUGAAAAUAGUGUAAUGUAUUUGGGGUGGCACUAUAACGACUGCGGCACUUUUCGUCA